GCGAUCGUGAGUUGUAACGCGCACCGAGCCCGAGUCGCGUUCCUCAUCUAGCGACGACGACCUCCUCUGUUCUACGCUUCCGACUCUGUACACAAUAUCUGUAGCGAGCAGGGCCUCGCCGUGCACGCUCACCUGAUCGCCCACGCACCAAUACCUCGCCGCAACCACUCCUUGUCCGCGUUGCAUCGUGCUAGGUAGUACAUCUUGACGAGGGAGGACUGGUCUCAUCGCAUCAUGGCACCAUCCAAGAAAGCUGGCAAGAAGGUGGCUGCAACGCCCAAGAAGGGUGGUCCCGCCAAGGUAGCUAAGGCGGACUGGAAAGAGGGUUUCAAGAAGAAACAAGUCGGAGUGUCUGAUAUGACCCUGUUGACCACUAUCACAAACGAGGCGAUCAAUGAGAACCUGCAGAAACGGUGGACCAACGGCGAGAUUUACACCUAUAUCGGCUCCGUUCUGAUCUCUGUGAAUCCGUUCAAGGACCUCGGCAUCUACACGGAUGAGGUCUUGCAACGGUAUAAGGGCAAGAACAGGCUUGAGGUCCCUCCGCAUGUGUUCGGCAUCGCCGAAUCCGCGUACUACAACAUGAACGCAUACCACGAGAACCAGUGUGUCAUCAUUUCAGGCGAGUCUGGUGCGGGCAAGACAGAGGCAGCGAAGCGUAUCAUGCAAUACAUCGCCGCUGUGUCUGGUGGCCAGGAUAGCAGUAUCCAGGAGAUCAAGGACAUGGUGUUGGCUACGAAUCCUCUUUUGGAGAGCUUCGGAUGUGCGAAGACGUUGAGGAAUAACAACUCCAGUCGUCAUGGCAAAUACCUCGAAAUCAUGUUCAACGACCAUGGAGAACCAAUAGGUGCUCAGAUCACGAACUAUCUUCUCGAGAAGGGCCGUGUGGUUGGACAGGUCGGGGACGAGCGGAACUUCCAUAUAUUCUAUCAGUUCACCAAAGGCGCGUCGCUGCGCAGCGAGCCCCAGCUAGAGGCGUACGGCUUGCAAGGUCCGGAGGCAUAUGCAUACACGAGCCUAAGCAACUGCUUGGAAGUUCAGGGUAUCGACGAUGUUGAAGACUUCGGCGAGACGAUCAAAGCCAUGCAGGUGAUCGGGUUGAGUGACUACGAACAGUCGGAGAUCUUGCGUAUGCUCGCAGCUAUCCUCUGGCUCGGCAACGUCCAGUUCCAGGAGAACGACGACGGAAACUCAGCGAUCGCUGACGCUGGCGUGACUGACUUCGUUGCGUACCUCCUGGAGGUGGAUGCGGCUCUCGUACAGAAGGUCAUGACGAUCAAGGUUAUGGAGACACAAAGAGGUGGCAGGAGGGGCUCCAUUUACGACGUACCUUUGAAUCCCUCGCAAGCCACUUCUGGCCGGGAUGCUCUAUCAAAGGCCAUCUACAACAAUUUGUUUGAGUGGAUCGUGUCAAGAAUCAACGCAUCAAUGAAGCCACGGAGCACGACCACUCAGCUCAUCGGCAUCCUGGAUAUCUUCGGUUUUGAGAUCUUCGAGGACAACUCGUUCGAGCAGCUCUGCAUCAACUACGUCAAUGAGAAGCUGCAGCAGAUCUUCAUCGAGCUGACGCUCAAGACGGAACAAGAGGAGUACGUCCGCGAACAGAUCAAGUGGACUCCGAUCAAGUACUUCAACAACAAGAUCGUGUGCGACCUCAUCGAGGAGAAGCGCCCCCCAGGUAUUUUCGCUGCGCUGAACGACGCCUGUGCCACAGCACAUGCCGACCCGACCGCUGCUGACAACAGUUUCAUACAACGAACGGCUUCCCUCGCAAGCAACCCGCACUUCGAUGCGCGUGGUGCGCAGUUUUUGGUGAAGCACUAUGCUGGAGAUGUCAUGUACAACGUGGCCGGUAUGACGGACAAGAACAAGGACUUGCUUGUGAAGGACUUGCUGGACCUCGUUGGUAGCAGUAGCAACCAAUUCUUGCAGGGUCUCUUCCCAGAUCGGCCAGAUCCAAACAGCAAGAAGAGGCCUCCUACUGCGGGUGACAGGAUCAAGGCAUCCGCUGGUGCGCUCGUCGAGAACCUCAUGCGUGCUCAGCCUUCGUACAUCCGUACGAUCAAGCCGAAUCAGAACCGCAGUGCAACGGAAUACGACACGAAGGCGGUCUUGCAUCAGGUGAAAUAUCUCGGUCUGCAGGAGAACAUCCGCGUGCGGAGAGCAGGCUUCGCGUACCGGAAUACCUUCGAGAAGAUGGUGGAGCGGUUCUACUUGCUUUCGCCUGCUACCUCGUACGCGGGAGAGUAUACGUGGCACGGAGAUGCGAAAUCGGGCUGCGAGCGUAUUCUCACUGAUACAGGCAUUGCGAAAGAGGAGUGGCAGAUGGGCGUAACGAAAGCCUUCAUCAAGAAUCCAGAGACGCUCUUUGCUCUGGAAACUAUGCGCGAUCGCUACUGGCACAAUAUGGCUGGCCGUAUCCAGCGUGCAUGGCGGAACUACAUGCGCUACAGACACGAGUGCGCGCGGCGCAUCCAGCGCUUCUGGAAGAAUAAUAAGGAGGCCAUCGAGUACGCAAAAACCCGAGACUACGGUCACCAGAUCUUGGCGGGCAGGAAGGAACGCAGGCGUUUCAGUCUCCUGAGCUACCGGCGGUUCAUGGGUGACUACCUCUAUGUCAAUGACAAGACUCCGCUUGGCGAGGAACUGGCCAAUGCAUGCGGCAUCGGGAAUGACAAGGUGGCGUUCAGCUCAAAAUGUGAAAUCUUGGUCUCCAAGACUGGUCGCUCUAGUAAACCGAGCCCCCGUUUUCUUGUCCUGACGCAGAAGGCAGUACAUAUUGUCAUCCUCACAAGCAAAGAUGGACAGACGAAUUACGCGUUGGAUCGCAAAGUUCCUCUGGUGACCAUCAAGGCUGUUUCGAUGUCUACAUUGCGGGAUGACUGGCUGGCAAGAGGGGAUCCCCUUAUCAGCUGUGUCUUCAAGACUGAGUUCUGCACGCACAUGUUGCAACUAACGUCGGGCAGUAUCAGCAUAACAAUCAAUCCGAUCUUCGAGUACAAUAAGAAGAAAGAGAAGAAGGCGCAGGUCAAGUUCAUUAAGGACGAGACCGUCCAGAGAGAUGAUGUGUACAAGAGUCAUACUGUGCAUGUGCCGUCUGGUGAACCGCCUGGCAGUCUCUCUCGUCCUCCCGCGAAACGUAAAGCUGGUGUCGUACGACCCAUCACUCAAGGCAAGCUCUUGCGGAAAGGCGGGCCGUCAGAUAAACCAGCAGCAUCACGACCGAAGCCUGCAGCACAGCCGCUACCGGGCAGGUCAACACCAGCCGCAGCUGUCAAGCCGAGCAUCCCGUCCGCUGUAUCCAGCGUACCAGCCGCACCUCCUCCUCCACCUGCUCGACAUGCCGCGCCGCCACCGCCACCUCCCGAACCCGACGUGGACUUGUACCGUGCCAAGUUCGCGUUCGAGGGCCAGCCAGGCGAGAUGUCGCUGAAGAAGGACGACCUCGUCGAGUUGGCCGAGAAGGACGACAACGGGUGGUGGCUCGUGAAGAAGGACGGCGCCGAAGGCUGGGCACCAAGCAACUACCUCGAGCUUGUCCCACCAAAGCCCAAGGCUGCGCCCGCACCUCCGCCUCCACCCGCUGGCCGUCGUCUUCCCCCAGCAGCACCGGCUGCCCCUGCCGCCCCAGCAGCACCCGCCGCCCCCAAGGUUUACGCGAAGCCAAUCGUCGCCGACCCCUCCGCGAAGCCCAUGGCAGUCUUCCCGGGUAUGAUGCCUGCAAACGGGUCCACUGCACCAUGGAAGAAGACCGCAUCGACGGGGACGAACGGCUCUUCGAAUGACACGACGCCGACGAGUUCGCGCCCCGUCAGCUCCCUCGCGUCCAAGGCGCCGCCGCCCGCGCCGAAGCCAAAGCCGGGCCCACCUCCGCUCGCGGCGAAGCCUGGUGCGCCCCCCAAGGUGGGCGGGAAGCCUCCGGUACCGACCGCGUCGAGGCCUGCGGCGGCGCCGAAGCCGUCGGCGGGAGGUGUCGCGAAGCCGUCGGCGCCCGCUGGUCAGCUGGAUCUGGCUGCUGUGAUGGCGAAGCGUGCGCAGAGACUGGGUGGCGAGUGAAGGAUGGUGAUGGCUUGGGAUGUGCGAAGAGGAUGAAGUCGCUCGGUGCGGACGAUAUCGUAGGAACUAAGGAUUUGUACAUCUACAUACAACACUUGUGAUAGGUGAUAGAAUGUCGAGAAGUGUGGCGUCCGUGACAGUACUAGUUGG